CUGCGGGGAUCACUUAGCUAAUGCCUCUGUUCAGCACCAGAGAGGUUCUCUAAGAAUCUUCCCGGACUUUCCGCCCUCGUCUCCCUUGCCCAGCGUGGAUAGGAUUGUUGCAGAUAACGCCAGGGAGGGUCAUCCUGGCUCCCGCAGCGCGGACUCCUGUUUUGCGGGCCAGGGUAGGGCCACACUCCUGCGCUCCUGUGAGGUGGCGCGAGGCCCGCUGAGGGCGGGAGGAGGCGGCCCCCUCUAGCCGGGGUGGAGCCAACAGCACAGCAAGAGUGAGAGGGAAAGGCACUCCCAGCAUGGGCUCGGGGUGCGGGAGACCCGGGGGGUCUCCGGUGCUGCUAUUGUUGCCGCUGUUGCUGCCCUCGUGUCCGCUGCGGAGCGCUCGGAUGUUUCCAGGAAAUGCCCAUGGAGAGCCAGUCACUCCCCACUGGAUCCUGGAGGGCAGACUCUGGCUCAAGGUCACCCUGGAGGAGCCGAUCUUGAAGCCUGACUCGGUGCUGGUGGCUUUAAAGGCUGAAGGCCAGGAUCUCCUGCUUGAACUGGAGAAGAACCACAGGCUUCUGGCCCCAGGAUACACAGAAACCCACUACAGGCCAGAUGGGCAUCCCAUAGUGCUGUCCCCCAACCACACGGAUCAUUGCCAAUAUCAUGGGCGUGUGAGGGGCUUCCGGGAAUCCUGGGUGGUUCUCAGCACCUGCUCUGGGAUGAGUGGCCUUAUUGUGCUCAGCAGCAAAGUCAGCUAUUACCUGCAACCCCGGACUCCUGGGGAUACCAAAGACUUCCCAACCCACGAGAUCUUCCGGAUGGAGCAGUUGUUCACCUGGAGAGGGGUCCAGAGAGACAAGAACUCCCAAUACAAAGCAGGAAUGGCCAGUCUUCCUCAUGUCCCCCAGAGCCGGGUGAGGCGAGAGGCGCGCAGGAGUCCCAGGUACCUGGAACUGUACAUAGUGGCUGACCACACCCUGUUCUUGCUUCAGCAUCAGAACUUGAACCACACGAGACAGCGCCUCCUGGAGGUUGCCAAUUGCGUGGACCAGAUUCUCAGGACUCUAGAUAUUCAGUUGGUGUUGACCGGGCUGGAAGUGUGGACCGAGCAGGAUCUCAGUCGCAUCACGCAGGACGCAAACGAAACGCUCUGGGCUUUCCUCCAGUGGCGCCGCGGGGUGUGGGCCAGGAGACCACACGACUCCACACAACUGCUCACGGGCCGCACCUUCCAGGGUACCACGGUGGGCCUGGCACCUGUGGAGGGCAUGUGCCUUGCAGAGAGCUCCGGAGGUGUGAGCACAGACCACUCGGAACUCCCCAUCGGCACAGCAGCCACCAUGGCCCACGAGAUAGGCCACAGCCUGGGCCUCCACCAUGAUCCCGAGGGCUGCUGCAUGCAGGCCGACGCAGAGCAAGGAGGCUGCGUCAUGGAGGCAGCCACAGGGCACCCUUUCCCGCGCGUCUUCAGCGCCUGCAGCCGCCGCCAGCUGCGCACCUUCUUCCGCAAAGGGGGCGGUCCUUGCCUCUCCAACAUCUCCGCGCCGGGGCUCCUAGUGCUGCCCAGCCGCUGCGGAAAUGGCUUCUUGGAAGCAGGAGAAGAGUGCGACUGCGGUUCUGGCCAGAAGUGCCCAGACCCCUGCUGCUUUGCCCACAAUUGCUCCCUGCGUGCGGGGGCUCAAUGCGCCCACGGUGAUUGCUGUGCGAGGUGCCUGUUAAAGUCCGCGGGCACGCCUUGUCGUCCUGCUGCGACUGACUGCGACCUCCCCGAGUUCUGCACCGGCACCUCCCCGUAUUGCCCCAAAGAUGUUUACCUACUGGAUGGCUCACCCUGCGCUGAGGGUCGCGGCUAUUGCCUAGACGGCUGGUGUCCCACGCUGGAGCAGCAGUGCCAACAGCUAUGGGGGCCUGGGUCCAAGCCGGCCCCAGAGCCAUGUUUCCAGCAGAUGAACUCCGUGGGGAAUUCGCAGGGGAACUGUGGCCAGGACCACAAGGGUAGCUUCCUGCCUUGUGCUCAGAGGGACGCUCGGUGUGGGAAACUGCUGUGCCAGGGAGGGGAGCCGAACCCACUAGUGCCGCACGUAGUGACUAUGGACUCCACAAUUCUCCUAGAGGGCCGCGAAGUGGUUUGCCGAGGGGCCUUUGUGCUCCCAGAUAGUCACCUGGACCAGCUUGACUUGGGUCUGGUAGAGCCAGGCACCCGCUGUGGACCUAGAAUGGUGUGCCAGGACAGGCACUGUCAGAAUGCUACCUCCCAGGAGCUGGAACGCUGCUUGACUGCCUGCCAUAACGGUGGGGUUUGCAAUAGCAAUCGUAACUGUCACUGUGCUGCUGGCUGGGCUCCACCCUUCUGUGACAAGCCUGGCUUGGGUGGUAGCGUGGAUAGUGGCCCUGCACAGUCUGCAAACCGAGAUGCCUUCCCCUUGGCCAUGCUCCUCAGCUUCCUGCUGCCUCUGCUCCCUGGGGCUGGCCUAGCCUGGUGCUACUACCAGCUCCCAACACUCUGUCAUCGAAGGGGACUGUGCUGCAGGAGGGACCCCCUAUGGAAUAGAGACCUACCCCUGGGCAGUGUGCAUCCCGUGGAGUUUGGCUCCAUCAUCACUGGAGAGCCCUCGCCCCCUCCCCCAGGGACUUCUUGCCAACAGCGUUCGCACCCUCCAUCUCUUGACUUGCUCUCAGACCCUGCGAACUCUGAGCUUACCUAAGAACUACCCUCUGAAGCUUGCACCAUGCAGACCUGCCCUAUCCCUCUGGUAUGGAAGCACCCUGAGGCCCUCCUGUUGCCCAGUCACCAACCUCUGUCUCAGUUUGUUGCCCCCUCCUCAGAGAAGCUAUUGUCAUAGAGACCAUGAUGCUGGAAGCCCUAGGGGCAGGGAAGGGAGACACUGUGGUUCUUCUUCGGUCCUUAUAGAGGGAGGACAAAUGUGCCCUGCCACAUGACUUGCAGUCCUCAGUGACUCAGAUGCACUCUUAUAAUUCCUAUGGGCUGUAUGCUGAGCUCUUACUCAGCAUAGGAACUCCAGAGCUCAAUCAUGUUGUAUCCCGCGCUGCCUUGAGAGCUGUGCUAUUCUGAAAUGUCAGAAUGUAUCUA